AUGGCGGGGGGCAAGAUCCAGAAGAAACGCCACGGCGCGGCGGGAGGCGCCGGCGGAGGGGGCGCCCGGCUGCAGGGCGGUAUCCCGUUCGAGAAGUCCAAGGGGCAGCACAUCCUGAAGAACCCGGCGCUGGUGGACUCCAUCGUCGCCAAGGCCGGGCUCAAGCCCACCGACACCGUCCUCGAGAUAGGGCCGGGCACAGGAAACCUCACCAAGCGCCUCCUCGAGGCCGGGGUCAAGGCCGUCGUCGCCGUCGAGCUCGACCCGCGUAUGGUGCUCGAGCUCAACCGGCGGUUCCAGGGGCACCCGCUCUCCUCGCGCCUCAAGGUUAUCCAAGGUGAUGUCCUCAAAUGUGAUCUCCCAUACUUUGAUAUUUGUGUGGCGAACAUCCCGUACCAGAUCUCAUCUCCCCUUACUUUCAAGCUUCUGUCACACCGUCCAAUCUUUAGGUGUGCCGUGAUUAUGUUUCAACGUGAAUUUGCCAUGAGACUUGUGGCACAGCCAGGAGAUACCCUCUACUGUCGUCUCUCGGUGAAUGUGCAGCUCCUGUCACGAGUGUCGCAUCUCCUAAAGGUUGGGAGGAACAACUUUAGGCCUCCACCCAAAGUUGAUUCAUCAGUUGUGCGAAUCGAGCCCAGGAAGCCCCUCCCUCCUGUCAGCUUCAAGGAGUGGGAUGGGCUUGUGAGGAUUUGUUUCAACCGGAAGAACAAGACCCUGGGCUCCCUCUUUAAACAGAAGCGUGUUCUUGAAUUGCUAGAGAAGAACUACAAGACUAUGCAGUCUCUCCAACUUACGCAAGAUGCAGACAUGGGCGAGGAGAAGAUGUCUGCGGAUGACGUCGCGUUGCUGGCUAAUAUGGUUGAAGAUCUGAACAUGGAGACUGGCGAUGAGAAGGAAGAUGAUGAAAUGGAAAUGGAUGACGGAGACAUGGCUGGAGAUGGUGCUGGAAGCUUUAAAGAAAAGAUUAUGGGUAUAUUGCAGCAGGGCGAUUUUGCAGAAAAGAGAGGUUCCAAGCUGAGCCAAGUUGAUUUCUUAUACCUGCUGUCUCUCUUCAACAAAGCUGGUAUACAUUUCUCGUGA